GGACACACACAAGAUGGCGGCGGCGGCGGGCGGCGGCGGCGGCGGGACCCUCUGACGGCGCCGCCAUGUUGGUGAGGGCAAUAACGGCGCCCGGGCUGCGCCGGUGGUGCCGGGGCCGGCGGGGCGCGGCCGUCGCCUGUUUUCCGCUGGGCCGGGCGCUACUGGGUGUGCGGGGCGCCGAGGCCGCCGUGUUCCUGCAGGGGCUGCUCACCAAUGACGUCACGCAGUUGGUGGCGGCGGGCGACGGCCCCCCUGCGCUCUACGCGCACGCGCUGAACGUGCAGGGCCGCUGCCUCUAUGACGUCAUCCUGUACAGGCUCCAUGGGAGCACAGCAGAGGAGCCUCACAUCCUGCUGGAGUGCGACAGCAGCGUGCUGGAUUCCAUCCAGAAACACCUGAAACUCUACAAGAUCCGCAGGAAAGUCACCAUCACCCCCUGCCCUGACCUCUCCCUGUGGGCUGUCAUCCCUGGGGAACAGCCUGGGGACGCCAGUUCCCUCCCAAAAUCUGCAGACCAGGCUCUGCUCUUAACUCCUGACCCCAGGGCAGAAGUCAUGGGCUGGAGAUUGAUUGCAAAGAAAGGAGCAAACCUGUCGGAGAUUAUCCCUGGGAGUCAAGUUGGAGACGUUCAGGAUUACCACAGGCACAGGUAUAAACAAGGAAUUCCCGAAGGUGUGAAAGAUCUCCCCCCUGGAGUCGCCCUCCCGCUGGAAUCCAACCUGGCCUUCAUGAACGGCAUCAGCUUCACCAAAGGCUGCUACAUCGGGCAGGAGCUGACAGCCCGGACCCACCACAUGGGCGUGAUCCGCAAGCGCCUGCUGCCCGUCCGCUUCCCAGCGCCCCUUCCCAGCCCUGGCAUUCCCGAGGGCGCAGAGAUCCUCACCGAGUCGGGAAAGCCGGCCGGGAAGUUCCGUGCCGGAGGAGGAGAGCUCGGCAUAGCCCUGCUGAGGUUGGCUCAUGUGAACGAGCCGCUCUGCAUAAACCUGGGAGGGGACAGAGUGAAGCUCAGCGCGACCACACCCGAGUGGUGGCCGAAAGCUGCUGCCAAAUAGAUGAGGAAGCACCGCUUGCCUUAGGGAGAGUCUGGUUUGUGUGGGGAAUUUGGGAAUGCUGCUGUUUGGGGUGGUUGAUGGGGGGCUCUUCCAGGAUUCCUCAAAUCGGGACUAAACAGCAGGACCCCAAAGCUGUGGCAGCCACUGGGUUGGAUCAUCCACUGAGUGCUGUGGAGAGACAAAUCCAGGGAAUUGCACCUUUUCCUGAGGGUAAUCCCCACUUUUUUAGGGGUGCUGUAUUUAGGGGGUGCGCUGUGUUGUUGGGUUGGACUCUGGAUGGAUUUCCAGGCUGACACUCACUCCCUCAGACUGUGCUCCGUGUGUGUUCCAGCUGAAGCAGUGGGAGCAGGAGUUUCCCUGUUCCAUGCACUGAAUUUUUCAGUUCAGAAUAACCAUUCUGUGGUAUUAUAAUUUUUUUUUUUUUUUUUUGAGUGGAGAUCGUGCUGCUUUUAUUAAGAUGUAUUCUCAGGCUGAAGUUUUUUUGCUGCAAAUUGCUCCUUGCAUUGAGCUUCUUAAACUUGCUGACGGGGCUGGCAUUUCUUCCCACCCUGGAAUUGUGUUCAGGAAGAGGAACACUUUGUGCUUCACGUGCCAGACCUUGAUUUUAACUCAUCCCAGCUGGGAAAGGUCUCAAACCUCCUGGUCCUGUCUCCUGGUUCGGUGCCAGUGGAGGGAGCACAGCCGGUUCCUCUGACUCCCAUCACUCAAACCGUUUUUUGGGAGAGGAAAGGGAUAUUUUCCAGCACUAACUUGUGCUGGUGUGUGCCCUGGGGUGUGUUUAUGGCAGAAUAAUCUCUUCCUAGAUCUGUGUGCCCUCCAGUUGCCAACAGCAGUUGAGGGGUGGAUUUUUUUGGCAUCCCCAUCUUUGCUCUGGCAUCUUGUAGAAAAAUAGAAAUCCUCACUUUCCUUUGGCAGGGGUUCCCUCACUCCCUCCCCACAGCCAGGGAAGGGACAGGGUGUCCCCACCUCCCUGGAGAAGGGGUCAGUGCCACAUGUGCUGGCUUAGCCUGGGCUUCCUGAGGGAGGAUUUUCACCACGUUCUGGCUCUUCACCUCCACGCUCUCUGUGCUCCUGGCACCGUGUCCCUGCUGCCACCUGCAGCUGGGCUUUUCUCCAUCCACCACCCCUGAGGCUUUUCAGAGCAGCCCAAUCAAUGCCUUGGCAUUUCUUUGCUUCUUUUUCUUUCUGGCAGCCAACACUCCUCUGCUUCCCCAUUUUUUUUUCCCCCUUCUGCAACAUAUUCCUCUCUGCUUCCAAAGCCAACCAGCUCCGUGCCUCCUGACCCUGUCAACCUGCAGUGAUUUAUAGGAGCCCUUUUUAUUUUUGUAUUGCAAUAAAUCCAUUACACAAAGGCACGAUGAGAGAGGUGCCCAGGUGAGAUCCCAUUUUGACCACAAAAAAAAAAAAAAAAAGCUCUUGCAUGAAUAUUUGUAACAAAACCCGUCCAAAAUCACAUUCUGCCUCUGUUUCAGUGUUACUGUGAAAGGAAUUUAUCUGUAAAAAAAUGCUUAUAUUGAUUAAAACUCUAUGUUUGCUGUAAAA